AUGAUUGGUGGUGAAGGACCGGAAAAUGGGAAAUGGGCAGCAAAUCCAGAAGUUAGUGUGGAAAGGGAUAAAAGAGUGCAAUAUCUCCAAUGGGCCAGCGAAUUCGGCGCCCACGUAUUCGACUUGGAGCACAGAUUUUUUGGAGACAGCUGGCCCAAACCGAACAUGAACUUUGAUACCCUGAGUCUUCUGACCACUGAGCAAGCUCUAGCAGAUCUAGCUUACUUCAUAACAUCAAUGAAUCAAAAAUAUGGAUUUAACAACCCAAGAUGGGUCACAUUUGGUGGAAGUUACCCCGUGGUACAGGACGACCUUAACAUAACUAACCAGGACUGUCCUAGCAUUGUUCGACAAGCGUUUCAGAAAAUGGAAAAUCUCAGCAAAACUACUGACGGAUUGAUGCAACUGAACUCGUACUUCAAUCUUCAACCACCUUUCACCAAUGCAUCCACUACCUUGGAUAUCACAAACUUUUUCGCGAAUGUCUACAGCGUAUUCCAGAGUAUGACCCAGUACACAUAUGACGGACGGAACGCUGAGUCAGAACAAAACCUGACCGACGCUAAACUCUGUCAAAUAAUGAUGAACCCAAACGUAGCGGAUGUACCAAACUGUAAAAUUUUAAGGUACAAUGAAAUAACCGGCGACCCUAAUUCUGACCUUACCGUAUUCCCAAAUAGCUAUACCGACAUGAUCAAUUCUGUUGGAACUGGAGACCUGAAAGUGCUAGGAGAUAAUGGUGAGUUUUUCCAUGGGGGUCGUUUUAGGUACUACAUUGACAUGUGCAGCGAUAUGUUUGAUCCUUCUGUGAAUUUGAGCUACAUUACUCCGAGAAAUAUUGCUGCACAAAAUUACUAUGGUGGAAGUGAUAAAUAUCAAGUGAGUUAUAACUAACA